AUGGAAGAAGUAGAGAGAGAAGUAAUCAAGCCUGCUACACCUUCAACUAAUGAUCGUCUUCAACUCUCCCUGCUGGAUCUCAUGAAUAGCCCAGCUAACGUGCCCGUGAUCUUCUUCUACGAAACUGAUGAUGAAGAUGUCGCGCCAGAGAUCAUCUCCGCAAAACUGAAGAGCUCACUGUCCCAGACUCUGUCGCGCUUCUAUCCACUCGCUGGACGAAGAGAAGGCAUCACCAUGCAUCAGCUGCAACGACGAAGGAGCCGUCUUCACUGA